CGCCGCAGCGUGGGGAUUCGGGAUUUGGUGAGAAAGAGCACUCAUAGGACCUCGUCGGUGACGAUCUUUCAACCUCCUUCACGCCUCGUUGGCACCACGCAAUCCACACAAACAGAAAUAUAGAAAAAAUGGGUGGCGGAUGAGUUUGCUCCCUUUCGGUUGGAUUCGUGCACAUUGCCCAUUCUUCGCCUUUUUUUCCCUCGAGAAGCUGCCCCUCUUUCUUAGCCUGACUAUUGGUUGCAGUUGGGGUCCAUUUGAUUUGCGCUGGCCUGAGGUCAUCACCAUCAGAUGGAUAACAAAAAGCGUUUCGCCUCCCUCAUGGAGGACCAUUCAUUCUUGCCCGGCAUGGAAGCCGUCCGAAACGGCGGCCGAUCGGGAUCUCAAAGUGGGGAUGGAGAAAGUCCAUGCCCGGCGCCGUCCAACUCGGAACUCCAUCUCGACUCGAGCCAAGACCACGAUGCCCUGUCUUGCGUAACCAAAGAAACAUCCCAAGAGGACUGUGCCCGUCACAGGUUCAUCGUCUGGGCCGCCGUGAAACGAAACUCAUCAACUCGCAUGACGUCGGAGGAACGAUUGGAAUGCCCGCUGCUGAGAUGUACGCAGCGCUUCCCGGACCACGAGUCGAUGCUUAAACACCUGGCAAAGUGCAGGUAUCUCGCUUCGGGGGAGUAUUGGUGCUACGAUCACAUGAGGGUGGAACGCUUCGACGACCUCAAAUGCAAGAGGUGUCUGGGCCACCCGUCAAAGAGGAGGAAGAUGCUCUCGCUGGCCAAGAACUUCUUCCACUCGCUUGGUCAUAAGAGCAAGAAGGGCCCUGGUGUUGCGUUCGUCGACGAUGAAGUGUUGCUACAGCCACCACCGAGCUAUGACUCCCUCGAUAUCCCCACCAGCGACGCCCUCGCGAGCGAAUUGCCGUCGACCGAGAUUCUCGAAGCCGAUUCCUUCGAGGUGCCUCUCCUCGAGCCCACCCCUGCGCCUGCGCCUGCGCCAGCUCCCAGCGAUGGCAUCGACCCCCAGGCUCUCCUCAUGCCCGCCGCACCUGCGGUUCCAGCCCUCCCCGAGCUCGACUCCAACGAGAGCUUCCCUCAAUGGCAGCCAGGAUCGGGAUUUCCGCUAUCAUCAUAUCCGAUCUCGCCAUAUCCCUUCCAACCCGUAUCACUCAACACCCCGUCCGUUCUCGACGCCAACCUUUUUGCUACCCCUCACGAUUCCGACCUCCUCAGGGGCGCAGCCUUUAAGCCUGCGCUGCAAUUGACCACCGGCGGUUAUGCCAACCGUCGCCAAGCCCCCCGGCCGGCUCCCAGGGCGGCUCCUACCGUCCCUCGCAGCAGCAUGGGCCUAUCGCCGAGCUCGUCGGUCAGGUCGACAGCCAGCACCGACACCAACGCGAGCGCCGUGAGCUACGGCAGCUCGAUGAUCUCUUCGACCUCUGAUUGGAGCGGGGUCUGGUCGAUAGCCUCUGGGCUGGACACGAGCAUGACUUCCCCGGUCGAGGGCACCGUGGCUGACGAGCUGUUUGCGGAUGUGUUGAACAGCGACCACAACGACCCCUGCCCCGGUUCCUUGCACGACUUUUUCUCGGAGCUCCCAGCUGACCUUCCCAUGCUCGAUAACGCAUGCGAGAUAGCGUCGGAUCCGAUUCUUGGGUUUCAACCCGCGGUCCCCUCCGGUCUGGCUCCUGCACCAGGGAUGGUACCGGUGGAUGUCACUGCUCAGCCCGUCGAGAUUGGUGAGCCUGAGGUUGAGCAGACGAACACGUGCUGCUCCGAGACAAAGUCGCUAGUGAGCUCGGCGUGGGACGCUCUGCAAGAGCACAUCCUGUCGUCCAUGGUGAAACUCCAGGGCCACAGGGGGAACUACAUUGCCAACCAACUCAGUUCCAUGUCGAUCGAGACGGUCGCGGCGACGGGACUACGGGCUUUGCAUGCCCUCAUCGACGGUCAGCAGCCCUCGUCGGCCAGCGAUGCCCUAUGCUUGAUCCACCUCGUCUACGCCUUUUCGUUGGUGCUCCAUGGGCAGGAGGCGGCCGACAGCGCCAAGAGCCUAUUUUUACAAUCUUUAGUUUAUGUCAACGGGUUACCGUCAAACGACAGGGACCUUUACCACCAAAUGGUUCUUAACAUAUGGCAACCGCCAGACUUUAGCCUGACCGAGGCGGGCGAACAUUUUUCAGCGACGUCGAGCAACCCAUUCGCGCCUUUCCCUGACCCCAAGGGGAAGUCCCCAGAGGGUUCUACGAGGGCAUUUAAGCAGCGAGGCGACGCUGUACUUGCUACAGCUCGUGAUUUCCUUGAUGAACUCGAGAUUAGCCUCCUGGAUCACGGCCCUCCGCCACUUGAUCCUCAAGGUCCCGACUUGCAUAUUGCGCAUCUGAAGGACGUAAGCCCAACCAGGUUAAUGGGAGGGGAAUUGAUUUCAGCGGCGCGAGACGUUCUCGUGAUACUUUCCCAACGAUUUAACGACGCCAGCCUCAAGAGUAUGCUCGUGGAGGUCUAUCAGAGGCUUUGCACGUUCUCUAUCUGCAGCACCCGGCGUUUCGAGAUUGAGAUUCUUCACGCCGGCAAGAGUUGCCUACCGACCGGGAAAUUCUUCGGCGAUUUUGUUCCGAGCGUCAGAGAAUUGUGCGAUCGAAUUUACGAACAACAUGACGUGGGCCCCUCACGACGCGAUGUCUACCACGGGUUCGGUGUCAAUUUAAUCGAAAGUCUUGUAUCAGAAUUCGGCCGCUCAGGCAGCAAGCCCAGGACACCGCCGCCCGACGACAUAGAUAUGUUUUUGAACGAUGUCUCCGAGGCAGGCGACUCACCCACGAACCCACAACCGACUUCUUUCCCGGCGCCCAAAAACUUUGAUGAUUCGAAACCAGUCCAGCUCCCCACACCGACGGCGAGCCCUGGCGAUAGCCCAGCCAGAAACUCGGGGGCGAGCCCGGCGGCGGAGCCAACGCAGCAGGCAUCAACCGAAACAUCGGAGCAGCAACAGGCAGGACAGAAAGUGAAUGCGGAUUCGUGCUGCGACAUCUGUGGGUACCGGCCCAAGGGCGACCCGCAGUGGUUCAAGGGCAGCAUGGCCAAGCACAGGAAGUUGCAGCACAGCACGGCGCCGCCCAAGAUCUACAAGUGCCCGUUCCCCGGAUGCACGAGCCAGUAUAAGAACCGGCCGGACAACCUGCGGCAGCACCAGAUCGAGAAGAAUCACUGGGUGAAGGGCGAUGAGAGCACGCCGAGGCGGCCCAGCAAGAGGAAGAAGGUGGCGGAGGAAGACUAGGUGUGAUUUUCGGGGGCUAGCAAGGGGAUUGGUAAGGGAAUCUUAAGGGUUGGCGGGGGGUUACGGUGGGAUUUCUCUUUGAUUUGAGCGUGUUCCCUUCUGGGCUUGUAUAACUCAUGAUACCACUUUGCAUAGCGAUGGAUGUCGCGUGCUUGGAAACGGAUUUGGCUAUGGGAUAGAUGCGGGAUGGGCGAGUCCUGAAUAAUAAGAGCGACUCAAUUGGGUCAAGUAUAACACUUGAUUUACUAUACAUUUGCUGGGGAAAUAGGAGUGAUGAAGCCCGAGGGUUCUUGGGAGCUGGUUUAAUAUGAUACCCCUGAGAGCUCCUGUGGACGGGUACUCUCGGCAUCUCAAGUACGGCUCACGGCGGCCGGUCAGCUGAGCUUGUAUCUCUCGGUACGGAUAUGUACUGGCAUUUGCCACCCGGUCGUUGGUUGGCAGAAGUAAAUAAAUACCUUGUGUCAUAA